AUGGAUAAGCAGGUUCCUUUAGACCCAUCAUCACCUGUAGUUGCUCAUGAAGUGGUAACUCCAAUCCAAAUUGAUGUUGGUGAGGGUGAUUUAGGGUUAGCAUUAACCUUAUACAAAUCAGCAACACCUGAAUUUAGUAGGUCUAAAGUUGAUGCAGAAAAAGAGUUAAACAAAGAGAUUGAUGUGAAUGAAGAACUUGACAUGAACAAAUCCAAUGGUGAGGGUGUAGAAGGAUUUGCAGAUGAGGAUGAAGAUAGUGACUUUAUGAUUGAUGAGGACAACAUAAUUGAAGAUGUUGACGUUGACAUGGAGGAUUUCAAUCUAAAUAUUGAUACAGAAGCAGAGUUCAAUGGAUGUCAAAGUUUGGGUGGUCAAAGAAAUGAAGAUAGUGAUGAAGAAGAUGAUUUGGAGGUAAUUGAUAAUGACGAGUGGGAUUCACUAAGUGAUGAUCAGUGA